AGUCAAAUGAGACAAUUAUAUGGUCAGAAACAGAUGCCUGAAAAACCCUAACCACUUAACAGAUGCUGUGCAGGAUGAGCUAUAGUUUCUCAAUUUGCAAAUGGAAGGUACACCAAGACCUUUCCCCUCUUUCGAGGAUUCUGAGUGUGAAAAGAUAGUUGAAGAAAUCAGGAUGAGAUCUUCAGAGAAAAUGCAGUCCUUCCGUGAGGACAUGGAGAAUACUGACAUGUUUCUGGAGUUGCAUUUAGAGGCCCUGAAAGCUUCACACCGACAACAACUUCAGCGGAUAAAGCUGCAGCAUCAGGCUGGUCUUGAGAGCCGGACUCUGCAGAACUCACUGCUUUCUUCAAUCUCUGACACUCCACUGAAGGCCAACAAACAACAAGGAAAUCUUCAUAGUGUUGAAGGCAACACCAAAAGCAAAGGAGGUACUAACUGGUUAAAUAGACCAAAGAGAUCCUCCUCCACACCUGACCUGAGCUAUAAGGUGAGCCAGAACGAGCCCCUUAACUCUUCUGGAACCUUGAGAUCUACCGUGAGCCAUUCACAAAAACAGAGAUGUGCCAAAGAGCCCAAACAAGUUGCAGCUGACAAAGAGGAACUGGACUGGGCUGAGUGUCAGAAACAGUUUCGAGUAUCACCUGUACAAGAGCACAUGUCCAAGAUCAUUUAUGAUGAUAUUGUAAAGGAGCAGGAGCGUGUGAGGCAGGAGGGACGGCAGCAGAGGAAAGACUUCCUUUUAUCCAUUCAGAAACCUUUUAGGUUUCAUCAGAGAGAAGAGAGGACAAGGGAUAGGACAAAGCUAGAAAAUGGUGCUGACAAACUGAGGGAAAACAAAAAGGAUGAUAAAAAGAAGAGUUUCAAACCUAAAGCUGUCACAGACCCAGCAAUCUCUGAACAGUUGGAAGAAAAGGAGCAAGAGAGGAAGAUUCGCAUCCAGGCCAGAGCUCAGGAGACUCUCAGAGCAUCCUCUGCCCCUAUCCAGAGCCUGAGUAGUAGGGCUGAGCACUGGGCCCGUAGCUCCCAGAGAACCAAGAGCAAAGUGCAGGGCUUCAUAGAGCAGAGUCCAUCUUUUCGACCAAAGAUAAAUGCUAAGGUGCCAGAUUUUGAUAAGUUGCACAAGGCCUUCCAGAAAGAGGCGAUGGAGAGAACAGAAAGAAGAGAGGUCACCGUGUGCCAGCCAUUCCAGCUCCGAACAUCAGCUCUUCAGCCACGUCACAGCAGGGGCAGUGGAGACAAAAUACAAAAAUAUUCUGAUAUGAACAUUUUGAAGAGGAGCAAUUCAUUUAGUGGCUUGACAUCAUUAUCCAGAGAUUUUCUUCCCACUUACAUGAAUGAUGCUGCAAGGAAAAGGUCUAUUGCCAUAAGAAAGUCUCAGGAGCGGAAAGAGAUUAAUGAGCAAAAUGAGUGGAUGAAACAAUACAGAAUGAACUCUCAAUCCAUGAGCAGAGGAAUUGUAGCACGUGCCAAGGUCAUGGACCCCCACAAGAGUCUGAAAGAGGUCUUUCAUGAGAAGCUCAAGCAGCACAGAAAAUCUGAUCAAGAAAGGGUAAAAGAUUAUAAAAAAGAACUGAGGGAAAUGAAAGCUCGGGUAUCAGCACGUCCUUACCUCUUUGAACAGGUGUCACAGAGAAAUGCUAAGAGUGAUGCCGAGCGCAGAUACAGAAGCACUUUAGAGCAGGAAGGCCUGGAUGAACAUUUUGUUAGAUCCACAGGUGGAAAUGAUGAAAGCCAGACAUCAGAAAACACAGAUGCUGAUGGGAACAGUGAUGCUGGAGAUCACAGCUCUGAAACUGACACUCAGCAAAGGAAAGGAAGCAGCGACGACAGCAUCCGAAGUGAGGAUGGAACAGAAGAGGAGAGCGUGAAACCCAAAGGGAUAGGAGUCAGCUGACAGUGAGAGAGCAGUUGGCAUUUGGCUAACACAGCGUGUCGUGAUCAGAUACAAGAACACUGGCAUUUUUAUAAAAUCAGUUCAGCAUUUGAGUCUUGUUGAAAAUGUGGUAAGCCAUGUAGAUCUAAGAGAUAUUUUUUCUUUUUCAUGGCUUGUGUUUAAAUGUUUACAUGAUAUGUACUGUAAGCCAUGUCAACUUGGUAAGUGACCUUUUAAGGAUAAUUAUGAUUCGACUUCAACAAGAUGGGUUCUGGCUGUGCAACCUGCUUAUUAAGAUAAAAAUGUCUAAGGCAGUUUGGGAUCUACAUUUAUUGGUGGAUACCAAGAGACACUUGCAAGCAAAGAAAGCAAUCUUCACAAAAAAUAAAUAAAAGAAAUGUUUUCUUCUUAGUAUUUAGUUAGUUUAGUUUUAGUCUUUUGCUUAUUGCAUUUGCUUGUCUUUUGCAUAUUAUUUGAGUGAUAGAUCUGAAAGGUUUGUACAGUGGAAUAUUAACAAAUAGCAAAUAAGGGAAAGUUUACUCGGGGAUUCAGCAAUCAUAUUUUCAUUCCUAAUAAUAGUUAUUAGCUAUAAAUAUCACAGACAAAAGCUUUCUUCUUUGAGCUCAAUUUCAGUAAGAACUAUACAACAAUAUGACAAAGUUCCCUUUAGGUCAGGGCACAUCUGAAAUUCACAUUGCUGAGAUGUAAAUCUUGGGGAUGAGGUCUGGCUAUUUUGAGAACCACAACACCACUAAAGUCAACUUUGGUUAUUUAUCUAUCACAGUAAAAGAAACCCUCAUGUCACUGUGUUGACCAGGCUGCCUGCCACAUCAAGAGCUUAUAUGCUGUGCAGAUUUACAGUGAAAACUCCCUUGAACCUAUUUCUGAAUGGCUUGGUGAUAUAUGUUUCAGAAAUUAAAAGCAUAUAAGUUCCAUCCCAUUUCGUUGCAUUCAAUAAAUCUGCUCUCGCUGUUUAAAUGAACUUUCAAUGCAAUA